AUGAAUCCAAAAUCAAUUCACCUUAUCAUUACUUUAUGUUUCUUAUCUGUUUCAAAUGGAUCAAUUCUUGACACCGUCUUUGGAAGAUUUGCCUUUCAAGAUGGUAAUGUACGAAUCCUUGAUGAUGAUGAACUUAUCUUUUUUCCUGUUUUAAUUCCUGAUGAUAUUAAACAACAAGUCCCACCUGCAUCAUGGUUUAAAAAAUGGCAAGAUUUAGAAUAUGAUACAGUUAAACAUCAAAUACCAGGUAUUAGAGCAGCGGCUUAUGCUUAUAAUAGAGCUUCUUGUACUUGGCUUCAUUUAAUUCCAAGUUAUGUGAAAUAUACCAAACCUGCUUUGGAAUCAGUCUUAGACUUCUGGACAACGGGUGAAGUUGAUGAUGAAUAUCUCGAAUAUACUAGAAAUAAAUAUGAACCAUAUAUGAAUUCAAAACCGUAA